CACGUAAAAUCAAAUGUAACGUUAUUGAAUCAAGUUAAAAAACUUGACAGCCCCCAAUUGGAAUCUAUAAAUCAUGCGUUACGCGAAAUGUCUCGGUUCUCUGAACGUUACUGCAGCCUUGGUCUGUUAUUAUUACAUAUUCGGAAAUGUAAUCGCCGCCGCCGACGAUGAUUCUAAUCGCAAUUCACGCAACUUUGAACGCAUGUACAAAUGGAGAAAUUUACAAGAAGGCUUCCAAGAGGCGAAAAUCUGCCGGAAACCGAUAUUUCUACUAAUCCACAAACCGGGCUGUCCGACUUGUGAGAAAUUGAAGCCCAAAUUCACCAAUUCGAUCAGAAUUCUCGAUCUUAGCCAGCACUUUGUUAUGGUGGGUGUGAGAAAAGAUGAGAUUCCCACGCAAGACGAAGCAAAAUUUCAACCGGACGGAACCUACGUUCCAAGGAUCCUCUUCUUCACUCCGGACGGCGAAUUUAUGAAAGAUGUUUAUAAUCAUCAUCCAAAAGCCGAUGAUAAAUAUAAAUAUUUCUACAAUAAUACAAGUCAAAUAAUAGAUAGUAUGAUUUUGGCAUUGAAACGUUGUUCCGAAGAACGAUACUCUUGAUGAUAAAACGGAAAAGAAGCAAUACUCAAUUUUUCAAUCUGACUUUGCUGCUGUCAUUACAAUGAUAGUUGAACGUAGUUGAAAUAAAUUUAUUUUGUUACAAAAAAUAUAACACUUUUCUUAAAUUAUAGUCAUG